AGUUGGAAAUCGACAGGAAGCUUCGAAAAUGCCAAGUAAAAAGAAGAAGUCCAACGCACGAUUUCCUCCGGCGCGAAUCAAGAAAAUUAUGCAAACAGACGAAGAUGUUGGCAAGGUAGCGGCAGCCGUCCCAGUCAUCAUUUCAAAAGCCUUGGAGAUGUUCUUGCAAUCGCUUGUGGAGAGGGCUAGCGAUUACACUAAAGCAAGGAAUGCUAAAACUAUGACCACAUCACAUCUAAAGAGAUGUAUAACAUCUGAAAACCAGUUUGACUUUUUGAAAGACUUAGUGGCUAAUGUACCAGAUCUUCCUUCAAAUGAAGAAGAAAAAGAUGGCGAACCUAAACCCAAAAGAAAAAGAAUGCCAAAAGCUGCUGCACAGAACAAAGAGAAGAAAAAAUCAGAAAAAAAGAUGCCACAAGCUACUGUGGUAUCUGAUGAGUCAGAUGAAGAGCUCGAAUCUGAGGAAGAAGAUUCUUCUUCUGAAGGAACAAGUAACCACAAUAACAUCACACCAGCACCAGCUGUUCCAUCAUUAACCAUAACAAGACCAAGUACAGAACAAAGUGAAGAAAGUGAACCUUCGUCAUUACCAGUGAAUAUUCCCAAGCUUAACCAAAUGUCUGGUAUAAUGGGGAGCUCAUUAGAUGAAGAUGAUGAUUAUGACUCAUGAAAACACCAGGAACACAUUAAGUCAAGGAUGGUUUAUCUUCUUUUUGAAAGAAUUCAGUGUAAGGGAGAUUCCUGUUGAUGUGAUGUUACAACAGCAAAGGAAUUUUAUUGCAGUGAACUUGUAAAUCAGUCUGUGAAAAAAAUCAUUGCAUCACUUUGACUUAGAUUUUACAGGAAUUUGUAUUAUCUUGUACAUGUACUGUAAGCUUAGUGUACUGUAUUGUUAAAUUAUUUUGAGUAGAAUGCUUUUAAAAAAUAUUUUGUUGAUAAACUUCUUCAGGAGGCUACUGUUUGGGAGGAUAAUGCCAAAGGUGAAAGAGCAUCUGAAGAAUGAAUGAUAGGCUGACUACUGAGAGGUUUUAAGGGCAAGCAUUAUGUCUAUGGCAUUUCCUUCCAAUUUACUAGUAGGCCAGAAGGGGUUUAUUAUUACACUGGUUAUUAAGCCACAUUUCAUCAUUUGUGACAUCAUUCUUUGAUGACAAAGUGAUGUGGUUUGGCCACACUCAAGCAUAAAGAUAAAAAAUUAUCCUGGAAUUCUAACUGUCUUUGUUAAAGGGUUUGUAGAAAACUUCAAUGUCAACGGUUGUGACGGAAAAGAUUACUAAAGUAAAUGGUUUUAACCUGUGGGUAACAUGUGACUGGGCAGUCACAUCAUGUGGGUGAAGGUUAUCCUGAGAAGGAAUGUUGUCAGUUGUAAUGUCUGACAUUGCGACGACCUGAAAGGAAGUCAUCAUCAAUCAUUUUUAUUUGACUCUGAUGAUGACUUCCACUUUACACUUUGCAGUGCUUCUAUACCUGCUGGUUAAAGGGACUCUGUGAAGGUAGAGGUUUUGAUCAAUCUCUUUCCCUUGAUACACUUUGAAGCUUUUGUGAACAACACUGAAACUGUUAGGUCUUAAGUCUUUUCCAUGGCUCUCUGUCAAAGUAGCUGUGGGGCAUCUGUCUAUUAACAGUAUGUGAGUGAGCUACUGUGGGUUGUCACCAGCAUGCAGUUGAGAUACUGAUGAUUUUAGUUGGAUACUGUUUGCAUAUGUCAAUAUUUGAUGGAAGCAUUCAUUAUGUAAUUGGUAAGUGAUAGUUGGGAGUGGCUCAGAAAACAUAAUUGCUAGCUUCUGAAUUAAAAUAACUUAUCUCUCAGUUAAGUUAAAAAAUUGAAUUAGAUUGUCUUGAGACCUUUUAACAUGUUUAUUAUUAUUGGUACUGAACAGACUUGUGCUGGCAAUUCGAUGCCAUUUUAGAUAACAUAUACAUUGUAUAUGUGCCUUUGUGCUUUUAUUUUUCUGAAAUAAAUUUGUAUAAGAUUGUUUUAAA